AUGACGACCAUGGAUUUACGAGUCGGUAACAAGUACCGUAUUGGCCGCAAGAUUGGAAGCGGCAGUUUCGGUGAUAUUUACCUAGGCACCAACAUCAUCUCUGGAGAGGAAAUUGCCAUCAAACUCGAGAGUGUCAAGGCCAAGCACCCCCAACUUGAAUACGAAGCCCGCGUGUACAAGUCUCUGGCUGGUGGUGUGGGCAUCCCUUUCGUGCGUUGGUUCGGCACCGAGUGUGACUACAAUGCCAUGGUGAUCGACCUUCUCGGCCCCAGUUUGGAAGACUUGUUCAACUUCUGCAACCGAAAAUUCUCCCUCAAGACCGUCCUGCUCCUGGCGGACCAGCUCAUCUCGCGUAUCGAAUACAUCCAUGCCAAGUCUUUCAUCCACCGUGACAUCAAGCCAGACAACUUCCUGAUGGGAAUCGGCAAGCGUGGAAACCAGGUCAACGUCAUUGAUUUCGGUCUGGCCAAGAAGUACCGUGACCCCAAGACUCACUUCCACAUCCCCUACCGUGAGAACAAGAACUUGACUGGUACUGCUCGUUAUGCCAGUAUCAAUACCCACUUGGGCGUGGAGCAAUCUCGCCGUGACGACAUGGAGUCUCUUGGCUACGUGAUGCUCUACUUCUGCCGUGGAUCCCUCCCCUGGCAAGGCCUCAAGGCGGCCACUAAGAAGCAAAAGUACGACCGUAUCAUGGAGAAAAAGAUGACUACCCCUACUGAAGUUCUGUGCCGUGGAUUCCCUAACGAGUUCGCCAUUUACUUGAACUACACUCGCUCUCUCCGCUUCGACGACAAGCCCGAUUACUCCUACCUGCGCAAGAUCUUCCGGGACCUGUUCGUUCGCGAAUCUUUCCAGUACGACUACGUCUUCGAUUGGACCGUCUACAAAUACCAGAAGAACGCUGCCAUGAUCGUAGAUGCCGCCAACCCCAAAAAGGAGAAAGACGCCGAGGACCAGCAGCGCCGCGCCGCGCCAAACCAGGCCACUCUGCCCGCUCAAACCCCUGCGGCUAAACCUGGUGCUAUUUCUAGCCAGCGCCGCAAGGUCAUUGAACGUGGCACGAUCGCCGACACCCCGGACACCAACCGCGCUGUUGGAGGGAGUGACAGGAUGCUUCGUUCUGCUUCAAAGGGUGUUGCUGCAGGUGCUUAUGGAUCUGCCGGCCACCGUUCGAAGCGGGACGAUGGUACUGGAGGUCAAUGGUAUUAA